AUGAAAGAAAGGCAUCUUCUGCGAGAAACAGUGACAUAUUCGGAUGUCAAAGCUCGAGAGGAUAAUAUCUUGCAGCUUCUCAAAUACCGUGACCAACAAGACACCUUUUUUGCCAGGCUCCACGACCAGCAAAGCCUUAUCUCGGCCACAAUUGCAUGCCAUCUAGGUGUGGCUCCGGAGAGCUGCUCUGUGGCUGAUAUCAGUCAAUGGCUUCAUGGCAGUUUUAAUGUUUGUAUUCCUGUGAAGCUAAAUACCCCGGAGAAACCAUGCGUUCUUCUACGCAUACCCCUACCCUACCGAGUAGGCGAAGAGUUCCAGUCUGGAAAUGCAGAUGAGAAGGUUAAUUGCGAAGCAGGAGCUUAUGCAUGGCUCGAGGAAAAUUGCCCUGAUGUUCCAGUUCCAAAGCUCCACGGCUUUGGCCUUUCUAACGGUGACACUUUCACUCGUUUGGAGAACUUGUCAUUCGUUAAACGAUGGUUUCAUGGAUUUCGACGACAAAUACUUCGGUACUUUGGCAAUGCGUUACCGACGCUUUUAAUACCCAGGGGUCAAUUUCAUUCAUUAAUCAACUCGGGAUACCUAGUCAUUGAGUACAUAGAGGAAAGCGAAGGACAGAUGCUCUCAAAGACAUGGCCCGGUAAUUAUGGAAAUACAGCUUUGCGUACCAAUCUUUUCCGCGGGCUAGCAAAAAUAAUGCUCAGCCUAGCAAAAGUCACACUUCCGCGCAUCGGAUCCUUCACCAUCGAUAGGAAUGGUUAUUUAACCUUGGCAAAUAGGCCGCUAUCAUUGGUAAUGGGGCAGCUAGAGAAUGAAAAUAUUCCGACUGAUAUUCCUCGUGGCGCUACGUAUUCAACGGUUGGGUCCUAUGUUGCCGAUACGCUAGCUUUUCAUGAUAAUCGGAUUCGGUAUCAGCCUAAUGCAGUUAACCAUCUCGACGACGCCCUUUAUCAGAUGACUGCGUUAACGGGAAUUCGAGCCUGCUCUUCAUCUCUACUUCAACGAAAGUUUCAUCGCGGGCCGUUCGUUUGCCGACUCGGUGACAUACAUCAAAGCAAUAUACUGGUGGACGAGGACUGGAAUAUUAAGUAUAUGAUUGAUCUUGAAUGGACACAUACAUGCCCUAUAGAGCUGAUACAUCCUCCGCAUUGGCUUACAAACAAGGGGGUAGAUGAAAUAGAACCAGAGGAAUACAACAAAGUUCGAGCUGAGUUCAUGGAUAUCCUGAGGGAAGAGGAAGAAUCUGCAGAGAAAUCGAGGGGAUUGCCUCGCCUCUCCGAAGUGAUGGAGCAAGGGUGGAAGCUGGGCACUUUCUGGUAUAACCUUGCUCUUCGCAGUCCCACCGGCCUCUUUCAUCUGUUCUAUCACAGAAUCCUCCCACCCAUCAUGGAAAACCAUUAUUCACAGGAAGAAUACGCCACAGUGGUUACAUGGCAUUGGGCAGGGGACAUGAUUGAGGUCAUUCGUCGAAAGAUAGCCGAUAAAAAGGAGUAUGAUAUGCAGCUCAGGGAGGCUUUCGAAGCGAGAGAUACGGAGGAAUAA